CAGAGACUGCAGACACAGUACAGGGAUGACCAGAGACUGCGGACAGUACAGGGAUGACCAGAGACUGCGGACUACAGGAGAUGACCAGAGACUGCGGACAGUACAGGAGAUGACCAGAGACUGCGGACACAGUACAGGAGAUGACCAGAGACUGCGGACACAGUACAGGACAUGACCAGAGACUGCGGACAGUACAGGAUGACCAGAGACUGCGGACAGCACAGAGAUGACCAGAGACUGCGGACAGCACAGGGAUGACCAGAGACUGCGGACAGCACAGGGAUGACCAGAGACUGCGGACAGCACAGGGAUGACCAGAGACUGCG